AUGGACUCGGUCACAUUCGACAUCAACGAUGCGCUCAAGCAUUACAUGAGCGAUCCCGCCAGCAUCCCGACCCCCGAAGCCGAUGGUUCCCUCUUCGACUACGAAAAUGACCCCGAAGGCCUCACUGCCGCCGUCGUCAACCCGGUCCUCAACCCCAUCGUCGACGCCGUUGCCGAGAACCCCGAGGCCAUCACCCGCAGUGCCCAUCUCGACUCGCUGCAAUUCCUCCUAAAGUACACCGCCUUCCUACCGACACAUGCCCUCAGCAAGAUCUUCGAUCUUGUCAUGUCCGGCCUCGCCGCCGAGGGCGACGCCAUAACCCACGACCUCGAAUCCCCCGACGAGCAGGAGACCCUCGCCCACCACAAACAGCUCCUGGAGAUCUACGGCUUCCUGCUGCAGUGGACCAUCGCCGCCGUCGAGACCAAGGCCGCUGAGAAAUCCUCCUCCGCUCCCGUCGCCAGAGGCCGCGGAAAGCCCAAGAAGAAUGCCCCUAAGCAGGACGGCGUCUGGGACUCGGCCACACAGCUGCAGUCCGCUCUCGACAUCAUGAGCAAGGUCCUCAAGCUGAAGCUUACCAAGAUCUUCUUGACCACCUCGGAAAGAGACACCUUUAUCGGCCUGCUGACCCGCCCCGUCUACAUGGUCCUCGAGAGCGAGCAGCGCGUCAAGAGCACAUCCAUCCGCAUGCACGCCUUCAAGGUGCUGUGCAUCGCCGUCAAGCACCACGGUCACGCCUACGCCGCCCAGAUUUCCAUCGUCCAGAACUUGACCUACUUUGAGCACCUUUCCGAGCCCAUGGCCGAGUUUCUCUACAUCCUGGCAGAUACCUAUGACUACCCCCAGCUGGCCGACGAGAUUCUGCGCGAACUCAGUAACAAGGAGUUCAACACAAACGACACGAAGGGGCCCAAGUCCGUCUCCCAGUUCAUCGUCAAGCUCUCCGAGCUGGCUCCCAGGCUCGUUAUCAAGCAAAUGACCAUGCUCGCCAAACAACUCGACAGCGAGUCUUACACCCUGCGCUGCGCCCUCAUCGAGGUUUGCGGAAACAUGAUUGCCCACCUGGUCAAACAGGACGAGCGCGGCGAGAACCACAAGUCCCAGCUUAACGCCUUUUUCGACGUGUUGGAGGAGCGCUUCCUCGAUAUCAACCCCUACUGCCGAUGCAGGGCCAUUCAGGUCUACGUCAAGCUCUGCGACCUCGAGCAAAAGUUCCCCAAGCGACGUCAGCGCGCGGCCGAAAUGGCCUGCAGAAGCCUCGAGGACAAGAGCAGUCACGUCAGGCGAAACGCCAUCAAGCUGCUCGGCUCCUUGAUCAAGACCCAUCCUUUCACCGUCAUGCACGGCGCCCAGCUUUCCCGCAAAGACUGGCAGGCCCGCCUUGACAAGGUCGACGAGGAGCUCAACGCCCUGAAGCCCCCCGACGGUGCCCCCGGCCUUGGCGAAGGUGCCAAUACUACCGUCGACAACGAGCUGCUUGACGAAGCCACACAGAUCGAGCAGUCGCCCCAGAAGCCCAUGACCGACGAGCAAAAAUUCGAGGCUGUCCGCAAGGCGCGAGAAGAGGCUGCAACGUCCGAGGCCAUCGAGAAGCUCACCCUCACCAAGCGGUACUACUCGGAGGCUUUGAAGUUUAUCGACGUCCUACACGAGGCUACCGGUACCGUCUGUCAGCUUCUUGGCUCCCGCAACAAGAGCGAGGUCAUCGAGGCCAUGGACUACUUCGAGAUUGGCGACGCGUACAACAUUGAGCAGAACAAGGUCGGCAUCCGCCGCAUGCUGCGUCUGAUUUGGACAAAGGGCAACAGCGACGAGGGCAAGGGUGUCCAGAGCCACCUCAUUGACGUCUACAAGCGCCUGUUCUUCGAGGCGCCCGACUCGUUCAGCUCCAACGACGCGGCCAACUUCAUCGCCCGCAACAUGAUCAGUCUGACCUUUGGCGCCACCCCGGCCGAGCUGACGUCGCUGGAGCAGCUGCUGAGCACCAUGAUGAAGCAGGGCCUGAUUCCCGAGGUUGUCAUUGCCAAGCUCUGGCAGGUCUACGGCGUGCAGAAGCGCGAGAUCUCCAGGACGCAACGUCGCGGCGCCAUCAUCGUGCUGGGCAUGCUCGCAACCGCCAACCCCGAGAUCGUCGUUGGGGAGAUGGAGACGAUGCUGCGGACCGGAUUGGGCUCCCACGGCCGUGCUGAUCUCCAGCUGGCCAAGUACACCUGCAUUGCUCUCCGCCGCAUCAACCCCAGCGGCCGGCAAGCAAAGGAAUCCACCGUCAAGUUCUCGAGGCUGCCGAACGACCACGCCGUCUUGUCCAAGCUGGCCUCCAUCACCGAGGUUCCGUCCGACAGCAAGGAGUGGUACGGUGUUGCCGAGCAGGCCAUCAACGCCAUCUACGCCAUCUCGAAGCACCCCGACACCCUCUGCUCCGACAUUAUCCGCCACAAGACGAAGCAAGUCUUUGCUGCGCCUCAGUCACGGGCAGGGUCCCAGCCAAGUUCGCAACCGAGCUCCAGACCGGCGUCGCGAGACGAAAACCAGUCUGUGGAGGCUUCUGAGGACGAGGACGGAAACGAGACGGUCGUGCCCCCCGCGUCCCAGCCGAAGAAGCGCGACGCCGCCAUCGGCCUCUCGCAGCUUCUGUUCAUCGUCGGCCACGUCGCCAUCAAGCAAAUCGUGCACCUCGAACUCUGCGAACUCGACUUCAAGCGCCGUAAGCAGGAGCAGGAGAAGGAGAAGACGGCGGACAAGUCGACUGCCCAGGCGGGCAAGAAGGACGAGCCGGACGACCUCGACCUCAUCGGCGGUACGACCGAGGACGACUUUACCGAGGCCAUGGCCCACAUUCGUGAGCGGGAGCUUCUUUUCGGCCCCGACUCGCUGCUGGCCCAGUUCGGACCCCUCGUGUCCGAGAUCUGCGCCAAUAACACGACGUACGCCGACAAGGGGCUUCAGGCCGCCGCUACGCUCUGCCUCGCCAAGCUCAUGUGCGUGAGUUCCGAGUACUGCGAGGCCAACCUGCCACUGCUCAUCACCAUCAUGGAGCGCUCGACCGACGCCACGGUGCGCUCCAACGCCGUCAUCGCGCUCGGCGACAUGGCGGUGUGCUUCAACCACCUCAUCGACGAGAAUACAGACUUCUUGUACCGUCGUCUGGCUGACAAGGACCAGUCGGUCAAGCGCACGUGCUUGAUGACGCUGACGUUCCUGAUUCUCGCGGGACAGGUCAAGGUCAAGGGCCAGCUGGGAGAGAUGGCCAAGUGCCUCGAGGACGAGGACCGGCGCAUCGCCGACCUUGCGCGCAUGUUCUUCACCGAGCUCAGCACCAAGGACAAUGCCGUCUACAACCACUUUGUCGACAUGUUCAGCCUGCUAUCAGCCGAGAAGAACCUGGAAGAGGAGAGCUUCCGCAGAAUCAUCCGGUUCCUGCUGGGCUUCGUCGAGAAGGACAAGCACGCCAAGCAGCUGGCCGACAAGCUCGCGGCCAGGCUCACGCGCUGCGAGACGGAGCGACAGUGGAACGACGUCGCUUUUGCCCUGGGGCUGCUCCAGCACAAGAACGAGGAGAUCACCAAGACCGUCUCGGAGGGUUUCAGGGUCAUCCAGCUCCAGGCUUAG